CUCUCCACUCUCUCACCGUGCGUCAGUCUCAGUUUCCAAUGCUCCGCGCAGGGAGCGCAAGCCUACCUCCGCUUGCCGGUAUUGCAGUGUUGCAGAGGGAAUAUUAAUUGAACGGAUUCAUUUUCGUUGCACCGUGGGUAUCUUGCACAUUCAUAGAUAAAUAGCGUACAUACUCCUAUGCCGGGAAAUAUAAGUUAUAUGUAUUUGUAAAUAAUUGUCGGCGUAAUGUGGUCCACUGAGGAACAGCAAUAGCCUAUGACUGAAAUGUUUUUUCAGGACGCGGAUCUUGGUGGAAACUAACUGCAAAAUUCCUCAAUGUUUUUAUUGGCAUCUUCGGCUCUGUGUGAUAUGUGUUUCAUGUGUUUACGCGCAACAGUGAGGUAGACUUCUCUUCCAUUCCGUUUUGGAAACGGAUGCGAGGGAUCCGGACCUGGGUGAUUUAUUUGGUGGUGCGGGGGCAGGGACCCGUGUCUGAGCGCUGUAUGAGCAGCGAGUGGCAGCGCAUGAUGUGUCAAUUUUUUCGUAAGUGGAAGUCCGUGCGGCGCGUUUGGAUUAUUUCUCCAGAGAUGCUCCUGCUGCCUAUGUUUUGGUUUUUAUCUCAGGCUCGAGCGGCACCCUCUCUGACGGCUGAGCAGAUGGACAUGGGGGUGGAUUGGCUGAGUAAGUAUGGGUACCUCCCGCCCCCUGACCCAGUGACUGGACAGCUCCAGACCAAGGAGGCCCUGACCAAAGCCAUCAAAGCCAUGCAGAAGUUUGGAGGACUGGAGGAGACUGGGGUGCUAGACCAAGCUACCCUGGGCCUGAUGAAGACCCCGAGGUGUUCUCUCCCAGACCUGUCUGAGACGGAGGUGAUGGUGGGCCGCAGGAGACGAGCUCUGGUCGCCCAGAACAAGUGGAGCAAGAGACACCUCUCCUGGAGGAUACGUACCUUUCCUAAGGAGUCUCCUCUGUUGGGUCGAGACACGGUACGGGCUCUCAUGUACUAUGCUCUCAAGGUCUGGAGUGACAUCUCCCCCCUCAACUUCCAUGAAGUGGCGGGCAACGACGCAGACAUCCAGAUCGACUUCACAAAGGCUGACCACAACGACGGGUACCCCUUUGACGGGCCGGGGGGCACUGUGGCACACGCUUUCUUCCCCGGAGAGAGGUUCACGGCAGGGGACACCCACUUUGAUGAUGAUGAGGCCUGGACCUUCAGAUCACCAGACUCUCACGGGAUGGAUCUGUUUGCGGUAGCAGUGCAUGAGUUUGGUCAUGCUAUUGGCCUGGCCCACACUUCAGCCAUAGAGUCCAUCAUGAGGCCGUACUACCAGGGCCCUGUGGGGGACCCACUCAAGUACAACCUCCCCUAUGAGGACAAGGUCCGUGUCUGGCAGCUCUACGGGGUGAGCGAUUCAGUGUCACAUACGGCCCAGCCAGAUGACCCCUCCCAGACCGCUGACCCACCUGUACUACUGGACCUCCCUGAGAACAGAUCUACUGUUCCGCCAGCACGAGAUUCCCCUGACAGGUGCACCAGUCACUUUGAUGCAGUGGCCCAGAUUCGCGGGGAGGCCUUCUUUUUUAAAGGGAAGUAUUUCUGGCGUCUGACGCGGGAGAAGCACCUGGUGUCUCUGCGUCCGGCUCAGAUCCACAGGUUCUGGAGAGGCCUGCCUACCAACCUGGACAGUGUGGACGCUGUCUACGAAAGACCUGGGGACCACAAGAUAGUCUUCUUCAAAGGACUAAAGUAUUGGAUAUUCAAGGACAACAACGUGGAGGAGGGUUAUCCUCGGCCAAUCAGUGACUUUGGCCUGCCCAUGGAGGCCGUGGACGCAGCCUUUGUGUGGCUCCACAACGACAAGACCUACUUCUUCAAGGACAACCACUACUGGCGCUAUGAUGACCAUCUGCGGCGUAUGGAUCUGGGCUACCCCAAAGACAGCACACUGUGGAAGGGGGUCCCGCCCCAACUAGACGACGCCAUGCGAUGGUCGGAUGAUUCCUCAUACUUCUUCAAGGGGAAGGAGUACUGGCGCGUGGUUGGCAGUGAUAUGGAGGUGGAGGCUGGGUACCCACGGCCCAUAGGAAAGGAUUGGCUGGUGUGCACAGAGAUGCAGUCGGACUCCCCAGCCACAGAGGCCAAUAACACAGCUAACACGCGGCUACAUGGGCAGCACCACACCGACCAUGCCGAAAAUGGCUACGAGGUAUGCUCCUGCACUUCUGACUCUGCUUUACCCCUGGGAGCCCGGCCCUCGCCCUCCCCCCUCUGGCUGCUCACCCCUCUCUUGACUCUCUCAGUGGUACAAUCCUGCGUCCCUCUAUGAUGUAAGUAGAGGUGAGCAGCCUCACUCUAUGACAUGAAGUACAGCAGCCAAUCUGAUGAGAGUGGGGAAGUGGCUUAAGGGGUACUGUCAGACCAGCCCCACCGUCCGACAAAACGAUGACUGGAGGAAUUAGCUGUUAUUGUUAUUAUUAUCUUAAUUGGGAUCCUCUGUGUUUAUUUGUUUUUUUUGUGUUUUUGUUAUUUAUUAUAUUCAAUGGAUCAACUUGCUUUUAAACUAUUUAUGUUAAAAUUAUGAUAUUGGAUUGAAUUAGAAAUGUGAUAACAUGACAAAUGGAAAUAGCUUGUCAAUUUGAUUAUAGUUAUGAUAAGUUCACAGCAAAUUAGUUCCUCUGUGACUAAGCAGUCUAUCAAGAGAGUGGUACUCUGGGAUGCCGCACGCCCUGUCCCCUUGUUCCUGCAAUCACUAUAAGUGCUUUAAGAACCCUCGCACAUACAUAGACCACUCCAUGUGCGGUUUCUAUGGACUGAGCUAGCUGGGAAAUAAUGUUCCGUCUCUGCUCACUCGCUCAAAUGGUAAUGUCUGGUCUGGCCGGAUGGACACUAUGCUCUCAUUGGACAGCUUGCUCUCUCACUGAGUUUUUAAUGUCAAGACUAUCUGGAUGGAAUGGACACUACUUCCUGUAAUGACACUGACUGUCCUUCCUUGACUGCACUCACGUGCCCUUUUGUGACCUUUGCACCUGUAUCUUUCUUUUUUUUCUCAGCUCAGUAACAGUAGCACCUCUUGCCGUUAUCAGAGAGGGUAACCUGUUAGUAUUGAUUAUUAGGACGUAUUUUUGUAAUAAACACAGAGGGAUUGUGGUUGAGCCCUACUCGGG